AUGGAGGUAGACAGAAGCUUAGCAUUCCUUGAUGUAAAGAUUCAGGUGCGUAGUGACGGUACACUCAGUCACUCUGUAUACAGAAAGCCCACACAUACAGAUCGUUACCUCAAAGCUACUUCGCAUCACCAUCCUGGACAUCUGAACUCUGUAGUGGCAUCACUCACAAACCGUGCAUAUGAUCUUUGUGAUGACGAACACCUACACAAUGAGUUACAACACCUGCGGCAGGUCCUACAGGGCAAUGGAUAUUCAGGAAAACUUCCACCUAGACACAUGAAUAGGCACCAGUUACGGAGGCAGGUAGUAGAUAGACAGCCAGUAUUUUUGCCGUAUGUAAAGGGAGUGACGGAUAAGGUCUCAAAUAUCUUAAAAAAGUAUUCAAUUAAAACUAUCUUCACUCCUUUGAAAAGGGUAUCACAAUGUCUACGAUCGCCCAAAGAUAGUUUUCCGUUGGAAAAACCUGGUGUUUACAAAAUCGACUGCAGUUGUGGUAGUUCAUAUAUCGGCCAAACAAAGCGCACAAUAGCAUGCCGUAUAAAGGAGCACAUAAAAGCGGUCAAAAACAACGAUACGCAAAAAUCGGCCAUCGCUGAACACUUGAUACAUUCGGGCACAAAUCACUGGAUCGAGUUGCAUAAUCCUCAGAUUAUCUCGACAGAACGCCACUACAUACCGAGAAUGGUCAGGGAAGCGAUUGAAAUUACCAAACACAAAAAUUUCAAUCGUGAGGAUGGGUUUAAACUGUCGAGUGUCUGGAGUCCAGUGGUUCGUUUGUGUCGGGACAACGGAAAACGUAAAAGUGCCGUUUCACGAAUGGAUACAGUGAGUGUCGUGUGUCGAGAACAGGUUCGAGUGAGUGGUGGGUUUGCAGACAAUGGUACCGGUAUCGAGCUGGGUCUUAAAAAAUUUGGUAAUUCACAAGAAGUUAAAAUAAAAGACUCGAUAAUGUUACUGCCAGAAAAAUCACUUAUGGAUUCACCACGGCCCGGGGUCGUGGGUUAUGUCCGACUCGCACAGACCAAAACCACUGGGGCGUCCCUUCGUUGCGCUUAUGGCGGAAUCGCGGGGACUCUAGUGCACUUCCGCAGUCCCGACAGUACUCCGAAACACGCCCUCGAACACGAUCAUCGGGGCCACCCACCACCAGCUGGCCCAGCGUGUAGGAAGAAGACAAAACCGCGCCCUCUUGGCACCGUGCCCUGGCGUAGACUGGGCUGGAUAGUGCCAACCUGA